GACAAAACUGCGCGCGAACCACACACGGCGAGGAUAAAGCAAGAUGGCGUUUGACGGAGAAGACGUUAUCACAGUCGUCACAAUUAUAGUGUUCUCAACCUGUGCGUCCAUGUACACGUAUAUGUCAUUUAAUAGACUAUUAAAUGGAGUAAACAUCGGUUGGAAUUGUUUGCAUCCGGUUAUAUUAGUCUGAGCGCACUUUGAUGCUACUCAAGCUAGCUUAGCUUGCUAAUUAGCUUAGCUUGUUAGCUGCUAACGAACAGACGCAGAAGUGAUCAACACAUCGCUAAGCAGAUAUCAAGUGUGAGUGUAAAGUGUUGUGAUUGUGUGGAAAUGUACGAAAGAAUGAUAGCAGAGUACGAGGAGGAAGUUUGUCCAUCAAAAGAGAACGAGCGACAACAUCAAAAACUUCAAGUGGUGUUACACAAAACAGACAUCCAUCAGCUGUUUGAACACCAAGAAGAAUGUCUCCCUCAUCUGCAGGGGGACACUUUCACUCUCGAGUAUCCACAGCGCCCCCAUUUUAAAGAGGGCGAGUGUCUUGUCGGGCAGGAGGCGACACAUCUCACCAAGUUUCCACUGACUGUUGUCUCUGUGAAGACUGAAGACCAUGAAGACAAACCACCUGACUCCUCACAGCUUCAUCACAAUCCAAAAGUCUGUGAAGAACAUCUCUCUGAGCAGCCAGAGCGGACCUCGAGGAUGGAGCAGAAUCAAUCACAAUCCCCCUUUAUUAAAAAGGAAAAGGAGGAGCUGCAGUACCCCCACAUUGAAGAGGAAGAGGAGUCAAAGCAACCCCACAGUAAAGGGAAGGAGGAGCCACAUACCUCUCACUUUGAGGAAGAGGAGUCACAGCCCUCCCUCACCUUACAGAAAAAGAGGAGUCACAGCUCCGCUCGCAUUAAAGAAGAAGAGGAGGACCCACUGACCCCUCAUUUUAAUGAGGAAGCUCUACAUUACCCUCACAUCAAAGAGGAAGAGGAGGAACACAGCAUCAGUCAGGAGGUAGAGCAUCUUGAAGGUUUGGAGGAGUUCCCAGUGAUUGUGAAGAGUGAAGAUGAUGAGGUCAAAGGUGAAAGUGAGGAGCAGGGAGAGGCGGAGCCUCCAAGCAGCAGCUCAACUCAACACACGACAACAAAAGCUGAUGGAGACCACUGUGGAGGAUCACAAUCAGCCAAGCUCUUAGCUCCACUAUCAGAUAGUGACAAUACAACGUCUCACUCUCCUGACACUGAUGAUGAAGACUCUAAAGAUGAUAAUGACAACACAGACUUGACAUGUUCUCACUGUGACAAAACUUUUAAACACCAUUGUCAUCUGAAAUUACACAUGAGAACACACACUGGAGAAAAACCUUUUUCCUGCUCAGAAUGUGGUAAAGGUUUUUCACAAAAUUGUAAUUUGAAACAACACAUGAGAACACACACUGGAGAAAAACCGUUUUCCUGCUCAGAAUGUGGUAAAAGUUUUUCACAAAAUUGUAAUUUGAAACAACACAUGAGAAUACACACUGGAGAAAAACUUUUUUCUUGCUCAGAAUGUGGUAGAGAUUUUAGUUUAAAACAAAUGCUAAAACAACACAUGAGAAAGCACACUGGAGAAAAACCCUUUUCCUGCUUAGAGUGUGGUAGGGAUUUUAGUCUAAAACAAAUGCUGAAACAACACAUGAGAAAACACUCUGGAGAAAAACCUUUUUCCUGCUCAGAAUGUGGUAAAGUGUUUUGGAGAAAUGAUCACUUAAAAACACACAUGAGAAAACACACUGGAGAAAAACAUUUUUCCUGCUCAGAAUGUGGUAGAGAUUUUAAAAUAAAACACUUGCUGAAACAACACAUGAGAAUACACACUGGAGAAAAACCCUUUUCCUGCUCAGAAUGUGGCAAAGGUUUUUCACGAAAUGAUAGUUUGAAAGCGCACAUGAGUACACACACUGCAGAACAAUCUUUCUCCUGCUCUGAAUGUGGUAAAGGUUUUAAACAUAGUCGUGAUUUGAAAAACCACAUGACAAUACACACUGGAGAAAAACCCUUUCCCUGCUCAGAAUGUGGUAGAGAUUUUAGGCAAAAGAAAAUGCUGAAACAACACAUGAAAAUACACAGUGGUAAAAAAACGUUUUCUUGUUCAAUUUGUUGUAAAGGUUUUACACAAACUAAGUCGUUGAAAGUUCACAUGAGAAUACACACUAGAUAAAACUCCUUCACCUGUUCAAUCUGAUGUAAAGGUUUUGGGUGAAGUCAAUAUUUAAAAAGACAUGAGAAAAUACCAUCAGCACAUAUAACAUGUGUGACAUUGUUGUGUGUGUAACACAAUCUUGCUAAUAUGAUUCCUAACAUUCAUAGAAAAUAUAGCUGAGCUAUCUUGAUGGAGGAAAGAUGAAAGCACAUGUCAAUGAAUUGGGGGAAAAAAGAGUAAAGUGUGAAAAUAAAAGACUUCAGACUAAUAGAGGAGUGAAAA